AUGCCCGAAUUAGCUUGUCCUGAGGCCUGUCUGCCGAAAGGGAGUGACAUAAAUGGCCUGAAAGGCAAACGCUACGUUGAAGAGCCUUCGAGUACCCUUAAUUUUAUCUCGGAGGAACAUCAUCCCCUGUUACUAUCCCGUGGCCAAGGACCCUCAUUUCGAUUCACAAUGGUGCACUGGUCAGACCCCGCAGAAAUUGCCAAGGACGCAGACAUCUUUCAAAAAGUCAUCUUUACACUCUUCGGAGUCUACUUCUGGGAACUGUUCAUGACUUGGGAUUUUGAGUUGUCUCUGAUAACCAAACGCCGCAAGUUCCGAUGGCCUUUGGGUAUCCUUUUUUCUUGUUUUUCUUUCUGUGCCGCUACUGCAUGCUUCUGGCGUUCCUUGGCUUUAACCACGGAGGUACUCUAUUCCGGCUCUGCUACUCACGUCUCUGUUCGCUCACCGGCGGUUCCGUUAGAUCAAUUGCCGGGAAACAUGGCUAUUCUUUGUGCAUCUACGUCUCUCAUGCUCCGAACGUUCGUCUUUGAAUUCGUUUGUCUCUUGCCACGACUGAAUGUAUCGUUUUCUAGUAUUGCACUGUGGGAGCGCAAGCUCUCAGUAAUAAUCACACUCGGUAUCAUCUGCCUGGCACAUUGGACGUUACUCUACCGCACCAUGUUUAUCGUUACCGCUCAGUGGGAGCCGGCAUAUCAAGCAUUACGCUCGCCCCCCCCCUUUUUUUCUUUCAACGUGGAUAAUACUGACUCUUGCGAUGUCACCCUACUAGCCAUGGGAUUUGAUCUUAUCAUUCUCAUCUUCACCGCCGUUGCGUUGCUUGGACGACAUUCUGCCAGGACUGAUCUUUGGAAACUCCUUUUCCAAGAUGGUCUUGUAUAUUUCCUUGUUUCGUUCUCGACAAACUGUAUACCCGCUGUUCUCAAUGUCUUGGACCUUAAUAGAUUGCCACCGUAA